AGCGAUUUUGAGCGAUGUCACUGCUUUGAGAUAGAGUCAAACUGGACUACCACUGAGUAAAUUCCAUACAACGUUAUUUAUAGAAUUCUAUUGCGAAGUACACAUAUUUUCAUAUUGAUAGAUAGCCGAUGAGCUGCUGAUUCUGAAUAAUUGCUUUGAAAUUGUCUAGCAUAUGUGAUCAAAGUAUUAAUCAAGAUUUUAUGAGCAUGUGCCCCAUUCUUUGAUAUCUAUUAUACAGCUAUUGUUGCCGGGUUUUCUUCUUGAAGAAGUGAAUAUCAAAAUAGACAUUUAUACACCAUUCGAAAAAGUGUUGGAUUAGAGUUGCUUUCAAAAAAUUAAAGCUUCGAAUAUUACUUUUUGUAGAACGCUCAAACGCUUUUAUGGAAAAUUUAGUUUCACCAGACAUGAGACGCUUCCUUCAAGUAGGAAUAAAGUUAUCUGUGCGUUACCUUCACAGGAAAUGAACUAUCAAUUUUUUCCUUUCUUUCACUUCUUACAUAUUCAUGAAUUAUCACAAUAAAUUGAACUUGAUUUUAACGGUACAGUUGAACUUGAUUUUAACUGUACAGUCCUAGAGAAGCUUGAAUACUCUGUUGCAUACUCAUUUUAAAAAACAGACAAAAAAAAGUUUAUUCUGUCAUCUUUAGCCGAAGGUAUAACAACCGACUGGAAUUGGUAUGAAGAGAUUUUUUGUGAAAUGUGUCAAAUGGAAAUGUUCACUUUUAUAACCUAUCGUACUCGUGAUUACAUAUUAAUAAAUCCAGAUUUUCAACACACUAAUUAUUACAGCUUUCUUGGACGUUACAUUGGAAUGAUUAUUUUUCAUAAAGUACAAAUUGAAUUUCAAUUUCCAAUUUUUUACUACGUGAUUGCCUUUGCUCUCAAGCUCGAUUUGAAUUCAGAAUUAUUGGAUAUGAUCUACAGUGUAGACCUCAUUAAACCAGUAGAAUCUCAACUUCUAAACAUUAUGGAAGGUCUCGAUAGUGUAAUUCCGCUGAGUUGGUUUAAGAGGUUAACGAUGAGAGAUUUUGAAGAAGUAUGUUAUAUGAAAGAAAAUACUUUGUCUAUGAAUUUAGACGAUUGGACACGAUUUUCAUCGGUUGACUCAGCUGAUAACGAAAACGAUAUUGCAUGUCAAGUCGAUAAAUCAACUUUUGAAACAACACUAAAUAAACCGGCAGAUUUUGUCUAUGAACAAACGCCUCAAGUUGGUGACGGCUUGAUCGUUAGUGAGGAGAGUGUUGCUCAGAAUCUAGUUAAUGUCACCACGACGAAGGACUUUGAUUCAUGUGAAACCGAAGAAGACUGGCAAGCUCUCGUCGAAUAUUUCAGUAAUGGCCGUAGAGUUGUAGAUUCAACCGUAGUAGAACAAUUGAAAUUCAAAACUUCCGUCAACGAUCACAGUCAAACUAUCAGCGUCUUAACCGAGCAAGACAAGGAUUGGCGAUCUCUAGUGGAAUAUUUCGAUCAUUAUGACAUUUUACCUUCAGAAAGGGGCGUGCACAUUCCAGUUAAACAUCAAAGUCUAAAAGCUGUUCCUACAAUUGAAAAGGGACGGUUAAUCGUGCCAACUGUUAUACAAUCAAAAUGCUGUAUUCUAAUGUAA